AUGCCACCCGCCGUGCCCUGCCCUCCCGGCAAGCGCAGGCCCCUCCGCUGCGAGCCAUCUUUCCUCCUCCUCCUUAUCCCGGCUGCCUCGUGGUGCUGCCGGUGCCUGCCUGCCUGGCAAGUCAGAGCAUGUCUGGACCCUGUGGACGAGACGCAGAAGAUGGCAGAGCUGCUGGGGCUUGGGGACAAGUGCGGGGAGGGGGCUUUGGGGGCUCCUUCGCUCGCUGGCUCCUGCCUUGCAGACAACAGGCUGAACCUGGAUGUUUAUCCUGAAGGCUGCUGUCGGUUCCUCCAGCUGUUCAAGGGGCGACGGGGAGAGGUGGUCCAGGUGGAGUUCCUCCGGCUCAGCAGCAACGAUUGCCUCCUUGGCACCACGCUGAGCAUCCUUCCUCAUCUGAAGCACCUGAAAUCCCUGGUGCUCAAAGGUGGCCAUGCCAGGGAUGAGUUUGGUUCAUGUCAGCAUGGCUCCCUGACAAGCUUGCCACCAGACAUUGGGAACCUGAGGUGUCUCACCCACCUGGAUCUCAGCUUCAAUAGCCUCUCCACCUUGCCCAGCUGCAUCCUCCACCUCCCCAGCCUCCGCGUGCUCCUGGUGAGCCACAAUAGCCUGGUGGCACUCCCUGAGGACUUCGGCUCUCUGAGCAAGCUGACUUUCUUCUCUGCUAUGAAAAAUCAGCUGAAGGACUUACCUCAGAGCAUUGGGGAGCUGGCAGUGCUCCAGGACCUGGAUCUCUCGGAAAAUGGUUUGGAAUUCCUUCCUGAAGAAGUUGGGAAUCUGCACAGCUGCACAGAGCUGGAUCUCUCUGGGAAUUGCUUAUCGAGCAUCCCAGACUCCUUAGCCAAUUUGAAGUCUCUGCGGCGGCUGCAUCUCCACAGCAAUCUCCUGGUGACAGUCCCUGCCUCGCUUGCCAGCCUGCCCAACUUGUCCAGACUUGAUCUGCAGAACAAUUGCCUCCGUGCUGUCCCCCCCGAGAUCCAGACCUCGCCAUUCGUGCGCCUCCGAGGCAAUCCCUUAGGAGAAACUGAGCCAUCCCCGCAGGCUGAUGAAUCCAGAGCCGGAGGGCUUCGAAGACUCUUCCUUACAUCAGGAGAGGACAGCUUUACUGUCACCUCUGAAGGCUGCAAAGUGGUCCUGGCCUGUGGCAUCCAUUUCUACUUUCCACCCGGGGCUGCCUCUGACCCUCUGCGGAUCUACUUCCGAACCCUCGCACCAGACCCUCAGUGGGUAAAGCUGAGACACCAUGAUGUCCUGCUAAGUAGAGCCCUGGAGCUGCAGCCUCAUGGGGUCAAAUUCCAGCAGGAGGUGCAGAUCUGGAUGCCAUAUGCCUCCCCUCAAACCCUUCACCAGCGUGAGGUGGUAGUUCGGACCUUCAGUGGGCAGAGCUGGAGUGAUCUGAGAACAAGACUGGAGCAGAAGAGAAAAUCAAAGAAGCAUGUGGCUCACUGUAGUGUCCUUCACUUCUCGUGGUUCCUCGUUGUGUCUCGACUUGUGCAAAAUGAAUGCAAAGUGCCAACAGAAGGGACAUUGCUCUUUUCCAGUGUGGAUCCAAACAUCAAAGUGACCUUUCCUCCUGGAGUCACUGAAGAGACUCGCAGUGUCAAGCUGCAGGUGCUGCCAGUCUCUGCAGAAGAGAUAGAGGAAAUCACGGCCGAUGCAGGGUGCAGAGUCAGUCCCCUGCUCUGCCUUUCCCAGGACUCCCUGGUGGAUUUUCUCAGGCCAGUGAGAAUUCAGCUGCCCCUCCCGCCCGGGGUUACAGGGCUAAAUUUGGAUCAGUCAAGGCUACAUCUUCUCCAUGGUGACCUGGAGGGCCAAACCUGGGAUGACAUUACCAGUCAGGUGGUGCUGGAAUUCACCCAUCUUUAUGCAGUAUUUGAAGUCACCCACUUCUCCUGGUACUGGCUGUGGUACACCACCAAGACCUACAUUGGAGGCAUUGCCAAGAAAGUCUAUGAGCGGCUGCGUAUGUACCAGGUGAACUUCAUUGCUCUGCAGAGGAAGAAGGACCCAGAGCAAGUCCUGCUACAGUGUGUCCCCAAGCACAAGGUUGACCCAGUGCUGAAGAAGUUGCAGGACCGCUAUCGAGGACCUGAGCCAUCUGACAUGGUGGAGAUGUUUGAGGGAGAGCAAUUUUUUGCAGCUUUUGAGCGAGGCAUCAGCAUCGAUAUGGAUCGCCCUGACUGUGUGGAUGGACGUCUCUCGUUUAUUUUUUACUCCCACUUGAAGAACAUGAAGGAAAUCUAUGUGACCUCCCCUGUAGACAGGAAAGGCCAAGCUGUAAAAGGCCAGGUCUCUUUCUACCGAGGGGCAGUUCCCGAGAGCAUCCCUGAAGACGCCAGCAGGAGGAGGAAAGGACCAGACUCUCUCUGGCUUGCUACUCUGCCCAUCAAACUGCCUCGAUUGAAACCCCGCUGGCGUGAGAACCCCUGUCCCCUGAAUGGCUUCUCCUUCCCUCCCUUGAACCUGGGCAACGCAGAGACUGGCUACCUGACACAGGCAAACCUGCUGAGCAUUGCCAGGCGCGUGGGAGCUGACUGGCAGACCAUCGGCCUGAACCUGGGCUUGACUUAUCAGCAGAUUGAGCGCAUAGGAUACAAUAACAGAGAGGACCUUGAUAAGCAGAUCCUGGACAUGCUUUUCUCAUGGGCUCAGCAAAACUUGGAGGAUCCUGACUGUGUGAGCAAGUUGAUUACAGCCAUGAAAGAGAGUGGCCGCCAGGACAUCGCUGAUGAGGUUGAAACCAUCAUUGAGCUGGGACGGCAGAAAUACAGGGAGUCCAUCCGUCGGGUGGGCUUGGAGCAGGAGUGCAGCACUGAAGACUCUGCAAUAGCUAUGAUGUAGCACCUAGCAGAAAGAACUGGGUUUCGUAUGGGGUCCCUCUGCGUACCUGAAGUGACAAUGGCUUGGGGCUGCUCCCACCUCAAGGGCCAGUGUCUUCCCGAGGAGCUGGACAUUGAUUUACUUGUGAGCAGACUACUGAGCUCUCUUGGGUCUAUACUCACGUGCUACUUCUGCCAAUCCCAGGCAGUUUAGAAUGCAUUUAUGAGCCUUUUCUGUACUUCCACUUCUUGACCUUG